UGGGUUGUUUAGAGUGGUGUUCUUACUUUAGUGAUGACGUCAUUCACGUGAUUGUAAAGAGUGGUGGUACGAUCGGGGUGCUAGAUGGAGGAUGAUCGGGUAACAGCGUCGAUGACCGCGGGCACAGCGAAGAAAGGGGGGGAGGAGGAGGGGAGUGGACCAGCCUCAGCAGGAGAAGCGGUGGAAGCGCUUUCGGAGGCGGCGACCUCUCUGCAGCCUGCGCUGGAUGAGGUGUUGUUGGCCCUUGAUGAUUUGAAAAGACGGCAUCCUCAUUGGAUGACCGAAUGCAACGCGAUCUGCAGUCUGAUCACGACGCUGGGGCCUCUGGUACAAGUCAUUGACAAGCACGCACUCAAGCAUGCCAAGUGGUUGUCGGAGUGGCAUCAUGUGUCUAAUGACUCAGUGUGGGAAUCCAGGGGCAAGGACCCCUCCUCCUCCCAUCCUCCCUCCCCGAGGCAACACCAGCAGCGGAAUCAGCAGAAUCAGCAGAAUCAGCAGCACCAGCACCAGCAACACGAUUUUCGUCAUCUUCUUCGAUCUACCCAGCAUCAACCCCAGCGGCAGACUUGGCCACUGAAGCAGCAGGCUCGGCAGCAACAGCAACAGCAACAGGUUUCGCUGCCGCAGCCACAGGGUCGGCAACACCAGGUGCAGCGCACUGAUGACAGUCAUCAGAGGGAAAGUGGGGGCAAUCUGUCGACAGCAGCUGCCGCUGCUGCCACUACUGCAGCGGCCGCAUCUGCGGCUGCAGAGGCCGCCGCGGCUGCUGCUACUGCUGCAGCUAUGGAGAUCGUCGUCACUGUUAGCAGGUUGAAGAAGCUGGCUGGAGAAGCUCGGGAUAUCGUGAAAAGUGCGCGAAGGAGAUGCGAGGGCUAUCAUGGACUUUUUCGACAGAACUGCCUGAGUAAGAGAUUACAGGGAACGAGGGCGAGGAUACAGUGUUUCGCUUUGGCAGCAGUACCUCUCGCAGAGCUGCUCGUUCUGCAGGUCAGCGAAGAGGAUGUCAGGACCUCGAGAGAAGGGUUGGUGAAACAACUGGAAACGUGCAAGGCUAUGUUGUCUGCCGCCGGUCAGGAGGGAGAGAGCGAGACUGCAAUCUCCCCCGCUUCGUACUUCACCGCUUCAGGGAUGGACAAUGAGCCCUCGGAUUGUCAAGAGAUGAAAGAGGCUGCGAGGCGGAUUCAGCGGCUGAUCUGCUUCAAGGACGACGUUCCGGAAUCAGAGUGGUCUAUCCUCUCCUCUAAAAACUCUGGCAUUCCUAGCCGCCCAAAUCGUAUCCAUAAGUACUCCUCUGCAGACUCCGGCUAUAUAGCCUAGGCCUGAAGGUUAGUUAAAACCUUGUGGGAGAAGCCCCAUGAGUAUCCAUGGAUCCGACCAUUCCAAAG